GUUUAAAUGCUGGAUCCCGACUGAGAAGAACCUGAUCCGAAUGCAAAAGGGUAGGCACCGGAGGCGAGGGAGCAGAGAUCAGUCAGGUCCUAAGUUAACGGAGUGCCAUCGGUCACCUUUUCGACCUUCCGCAGAACUCUCCCGAAGAACUCGGGAUGCAUGAACACCAACAAAAAAUGACACUCUUCAGACUUCACACACCCAAGAAAAAAAAGCAACCUCCCAGAAAGAUGAUGGAUUAAUUAAAAUUCAAUGAAAUUGUGAAUUUCUUAGUUGGUCUUCUUCCCAAACAAACGUGCCUAGAGAGCUUCAUGCCGUCUCAUCAUUUUGCCAGGUUUCCAUCAUGAAUACUUUAACUGACCGCCUGAUGAAUGACUAUGGUAUGCUCAACACUUCAAGUGCAUCUCCAAGCGGUGACACACAAGAUUCCCCACCAAUUAAUAACAAUGAUCUUGAAGUAAAACCGAGAGAAAAAGUUGUGCAGUGGCUGAACAGUAUCCUUCCGCAUUUGAGGUUGUCUAUAAAAUCCUCAGAAGAGGAACUACGAGCAGUCUUGCUUGAUGGUAGCGUAUUGUGCCAAUUACUGGUUAAGUUAAAACCAGAUUUGUUUUUGACCGAGGCAGGAGAUUCUAUUAAUUCUUCGGGUUCGUGUUCAGAACAUGUUAGAAGAUUUUUAUCAGCCAUGGAGAAAUUGGGCUUACCCCGGUUUGAGGCAUCAGACUUAGAAAAUGGCUCCAUGGAAGCUGUGCUCCAUUGCCUUAUAGCACUUAAAACACAAUUUAGGGAACAAGAUGGGGAAUCCGAUGCAUCUGGAAAUGUUAUUACGACAAGAAGAUGGAAGUCAAUGAUAGAACAUUAUGGAGGCGAUGAUGGUCAAAGGGAAGAAUCUUUAAGACUUCGUCCUUUUUCAUCUUUUGGAGAAGAGAGAUGGAAAUUAGAGUCAAAAUCGCAACGAGCACUGCGUAGUCCUGUGAUGGCAGCUGCACUGAUACAUCACAUUGGCCACAAGUUCCAUGAAGUAUUUGAGCUUAAACAAGGAAGUUAUGCUGAUCUCCCCGCAUCAAAGAUUUCAGAAAUGAUGAAGUCGAACAGUUUGGAUAAUGCCCCAACACAAUCACUUUUAACGGUUGUGAAUGGAAUCAUAGAUGAAUGCAUUGCACGCAAGAAUGGGGAAAUACCUCAUCGUGUAGCAUGCCUGUUGAGAAAGGUAGUGCAAGAGAUAGAGAGGCGGAUAUCAACACAAGCAGAGCACCUGAGAAUGCAAAACAACCUCUUCAAAGCUCGGGAAGAGAAGUAUCAAUCAAGAAUUAGAGUUCUAGAAGCUCUUGCAACUGGUACAAGUGAAGAGACACAGAUUGUCAUGAACCAACUCCAACAACUUAAGAGUGAAAGGACAAAGAUGGAGGUGAAAAAGAAAACCGAGGAACAUGACAUGACUAGAUUGAUGAAAGGAAAAGAUGAUAGUGUCCAGGAGAUCACAGCUUUGAAGCAAAAUCUUGAAAUCGCUCGGGAAACAUAUGAAUUUGACACCAGAAUAUCUCAACAAGAGAUUUCAAAUUUGAAGCAAGAACUUGAAACAGCUCGGGAAGCGUAUAAAGAAUGCUUCUCACAACUGGAAAGUAACAACAGAAAUUCUCAACAAGAGAUUUCAUCUUUGAAACAAGAACUUGAAACCACUCGUAAAGGAUCUGAACAAGAGAUUGAAACAUUGAAGAAAGAAAUUGAAACUAUUUGUAAAACUUAUGACCAACGUUUCUCAGAAAUGGAGAAAGAGGCUAAAGGAUCUCAAACAGAGAUGGAGGAGAAAUUGAAGGAAUCCACGAGGCGUUUAACAGAAACAAGGAAUAGGUUGAAGGAAUGUGAAAUGCUUUCUGAAACGAGAUCUUUGCAGUGGAAAAAGACACAGAACAUCUAUGAAAUAUUCACUGAAUUCCAGCUUGGUGCACUACGUGAGCUAAAAUUUUCAUCCCAUUCGAUAAGGCAUGAAGUUAUCAAAACACAGAAGGUCUACACAGAUGAAUUUAAACGCUUAGGUAUGAAGACCAGAGCGUUGGAAGAUGCAGCUGCAAACUAUCAUGUAGUUCUUGCUGAAAACAAAAAGCUACAUAAUGAAGUCCAAGAAUUAAAAGGAAAUAUAAGAGUAUAUUGCCGGGUAAGGCCAUUUCUUCCUGGACAAAUGGACAGGCAGACAAUUGUCAAUUAUAUUGGUGAAAAUGGGGAGCUAAUUGUCACAAAUCCUUCAAAACAAGGAAGGGAAGGGCGUCGUUCAUUCAAGUUUAAUAAGGUCUACGCUCCUGCUGCAACACAAGCUCAAGUAUUUUCGGAUAUAAAGCCAUUGAUACGAUCAGUUUUGGAUGGUUAUAGUGUUUGCAUAUUUGCAUAUGGCCAAACAGGCUCAGGAAAAACUUACACAAUGACGGGCCCUGAUAGAGCUAGUGAAGAGGAAUGGGGUGUCAACUACCGGGCUUUAAAUGACCUCUUUCAGAUUUCCCAAAAGAGAGGGAACGCCACUGCAUAUGAAAUCUCAGUUCAAAUGGUAGAAAUAUAUAAUGAACAAAUCCGUGACUUGCUCUCGAACGACAACUCUCACAAAAAUCUGGCGGUUUUGCCAACAACCCAACCAAAUGGUUUAACUGUGCCCGAUGCUAGCAUGUAUCAAGUUAACUCGACUGCGGAUGUGUUGGACCUAAUGAAUAUUGGGUUAAAGAACAGAUCGCGAAGUUCAACUGCCCUAAAUGAAAGAAGCAGCCGAUCACAUAGUGUGGUGACAAUUCAUGUGUGUGGGACGGACAUUGAGAGCGGAUCGUCUAUGCGAAGCAGUCUUCAUUUAGUGGAUCUAGCAGGAAGUGAGAGAGUAGAUCGCUCUGAGGUAAAAGGUGACAGGUUAAAGGAGGCACAACACAUAAACAAAUCUUUAGCUGCGCUUGGAGAUGUCAUUUCUGCUUUGGCUCAAAAGAGCCCUCAUAUUCCAUACCGAAACAGCAAGCUUACUCAAGUUCUUCAAAGUUCAUUAGGGGGCCAAGCAAAGACCCUUAUGUUUGUGCAGCUUAAUCCUGACCUUAGUUCAUAUUCCGAGUCUGUUAGUACUUUAAAAUUUGCUGAGAGAGUAUCCGGGGUAGAGCUAGGUGCAGCCAAGAGCAGCAAAGAUGUCAAAGACGUCAAGGAGUUGAUGGAACAGGUUCAGGGGGAGAGUAGACAGGAAGUUGAGUCCCUUGAGUUUCCUAUUCUUCCUUUAAUACAUGUACCCUUGAAUUCACUUUCUAUUCCUGCCCCUAAGGACAGUGAUGCUACUGAAUACCAGUGCACAAUAAUGAUGACAGGUUCCGUAUAAAGUACCAACGAAAAGCUAAACCCGUCCUAAUCCAUCAGCAAGUCCAAUCGUCUGACCCUGAGAUUGCAUCUCUCAAAGAUGCACUAUCUAAAAGAGAUGAGGAGAUGGACAAAUGGCGUCUUGGGAAAGAUAUGAAGAAUAUGAUGCUGGGAAGCAAUGGAGAAAAACGUAGUGUGAACUCAUUGAGACACUAAAGAAUAAGGCACUGAGUACAUUUAACCAAAUGAGCACAUGGCUGAAAUAAGACGAGACACAAUUUAUACCAUCAAAAUUUCAAGAUCACCCCUUGAAGAUUAACAAGAGAUUCAAAUCCUUAAAUGCAUCACUCAACUGGAAUGGGCUGUUUUAAGGUGUCAUUUUUUGCAGUUAAAAGUCCAUCUCCGGUCUGCAGCUGUGAAGAUUUCCACAUGCAGAUUCAACCUGUAUAAACCGUUAAAACGUGUGCACAAUAUUACUUCAUUUUAGUAUCAGAAGUGAGAGUCAAUUGUUGAGGUUACAUUUAGACUCCCUUUUGUAGCUUCGCCAGUGAAAUCAAAAACUAAUUGUGGCGGUGAAAUGAGGAAGUGCAAUUUUUAGUUGAAAGGUGACAAUGAUAUUUGUUUUUGGUAAGUCUAGAUGCAUUAGCGCUUAUCUUUUAUUCAUAAUCAGAUGAGGUUGGGAAACCCCAAUAGAGUCAUACAACAAAUGUAAUGACAAGGUAGGAUCCCUAGUAGAAUUAUGAUGUACACCAAGUGGUAAACUAUGACCAAGGCUAGGUAAGUAAUCAGCAGCCCAGUUGCCUUCUCGAUAAAUGUGCUAAACCUUAACCAUCCACUCUCGAUCCAAUAGCUCACAGAAACUGGCAACCUCAGAAGAGUGUUGCUGUGCACCCAUAACUUCCUGUAUUGGAGCUUGAUUGUAGAAGCUAGAUUGCAGCUUGCGAAUCCAGCUGGACCCAUAACUUCAUGUGCCCUUUCUUUCAAGCCAACUGGAAUCAAGUCACACCAGCUCUCAAUUCAGUCCUGGUGAUUGAGCAGAUUCCUAGGUUCAUGCUAUAAGCUGCCAUGCAGCGACCAUCAGCAUUGUGAAACAAGUCUCUUGCAGUUGCUCGUCGGUUCUCAAAAUAAUAGACCUGUUAGAAUCGAGAGCAACCCACUAGGUGGUAGUGAUGGCCAAGAUACAUUUACCACAGUCUUGGCGAGUGAACCAAUGUUAAUGGGCUGGUCUCGUAUCAGAGCCUCUUCAAUAGUCUUGGCCGAUAGUUUUAUACGCUGAUGGAGCCUCAGGAGUGGUGCUUAUAUCGGUCAAUAAAAACUUGUUUUUUAUCUUCCAGGGUGACUAGCAGGCAACCCCAUAGAGAAGGCUAGUGCUCGUCGUCUUCAAGUGGCAAGUAAUUCAAUACAAAAGCGGUGAAUCUCAAUUCUUUUGAUUGUCAGAAAAAUAGGCCAAGUCAUGUCCAAGUGCUAACAACAAAAAGACAGUCUUGUACCACCGGCUGCAUGUACCACUGUCAGCCAUGUGUUGAUGUCUCCUCUCCUCAUUUGUAAGCAACUUAUCAAAAGACGCUAGCCAAAGGAAAGGUUUAAUCCGGUUUGGGCCGCGCCAACGCUGAACUUGAUGCCAGUCUAUCGUACCAACUACCAAGUGGAUAAUAGGCGGGGCGGAUUUUGAAUCUACCAUCCUUCUCGGCACCCCCACACCAAAACAUUGUCUCCCCCGCCCCUCUUUAAGAAAACAAAGUCUCAGUAACUUAAAGUUGUCACCAUGUUCGCAACCGUAGCAUCCAAGUUUGACAGGGCGCAUCUAACAACAGGAAAACGGCCAACUUGAUUCCUCAGUCCUCCCAGCAGUGUUGCCAGAACAAUUUGAUGACAUUAGUUUGAUACAAUGAAGUUUUGGGGUUGGUAUAUUUAACUGCAUAUUUAUAGAAAAGUUGGAGUAAUUAUUUUAAAAUGAUAUGAUAAUUACUAAAAAGUGUGCUAAAAAAAGGAAAAAAUGAAAUUCAAAUUGUUGCUAAACAAACUCAUGGAGUUGUAGGAGUUAUAAUUGAAAAAUCUGGUAAAAAGGGGUGAGUGGGAGUGUUAACAAUGUUUGGUGACAACUUUCUUUACAAGUUACUAAAAGGUCUGAAUCCCCAACAACUAAUGUAUUGGUGAAAAUAGUUAAUGUUUGGCUAGACAUUGGUUGUAUGUGUCACAAGAUUAUUCGCUAUAGAUAUUGAUUAUUCUGUCAAAAAACACUGAUGAGUGUGCAAAUGAAAUAUUGUAGGUGCACAAAUCAAUGUAUGUUCACAAAUUACUACUACGUAUUAUAUUUUACUCCCUCCGGUCCUAAAUUAACUUCACACUUUGACUUCACACAAAUUAAGAAAAUAAAUUUGACUUUACUGUAGAGUACACUGUUGUGACACUGUUUGACAUUGUUUUGAUGUAGAUAAUUUGCCAAGUAAGGAAGAGAGAAGAAGUGUGAAGUUUAUUUUGGACCUAUCCAAAAUGUAAAAUGUGAAGUUUAUUUAGGAUUGGAGAGAGUAUAUAACUUGCGGGUUUUAGAUAGAUUUUGUUCAAACGGACUACUUGUUAAUAGGUGGGUGAACAAUGCGAUUCACAUACAAUAAUUGUGUGCAUGAUUUAUAAAGGGUUAUGCUUGGUGUACAGUGUACACAAGAUGUACACAAAAUGUGUACAUUGCCUGUGUACACAGUCAAGUGGGUGUCAAAUUCUGACCUUUUCUAAAUGAAUUGCCUGUGUACACAUGCAACUAGGGAGAUUUUGUGUACAACUGAUGUACACUAAGCAUAUUCUAUUUAUAAAUUUUCGAGAUAUAUUUCUUGAGGAGAUAUCUGAAUAAGAUUCAAUGUGUACAAAAAUGGUACAACUUUGUGUACAAUGGUUUUUUCCAUGGGCCUAUUGCACGACUUUGGUCUUCAAAUAUAUUAGGCAAAAAAUCAUGAAAGAGAAGGAAGAAAAGUAAGACAAAUUUAAGAAGAGAGAUAAUAAGUGAAAAAUGAAUGAAAUAACAUAUCAAAAAGAGAUAAUUACCUGUAUAGGAUUAAAAAAAUAAAGGGAUAAGGGUCAGAUAGGGCCUCGAACUUACAAAAAAAUGUCAAAUAAAGUCUUAUAUAAGAUGAUCUGUCCGGCCAACGCCAUUUGGGGUGGUUCCCGA